AUGCUCAGCCACGCCAUCACCGGCCUGACCUUCGCCACCGCCGCCCCCGGCGCCGAGCCGUCCUGCCCGCCGCCGCCGCCCGGCGGGGCGCAGCAGCUGCUCGGCGCCAACCUGAAGCAGGGCAGCACCGCGGCCGCUGCGCGCGUCCACGCGUGCGUCGCCACCAGCCCGACGGGCCCCUUCGUGUCAUCCAUCCAGGUCACGGCUCCCGGCGGCCGCUGCCCCGAGGCAUCCAGUCAGGUGCCGUUCAACCUGAACGGCCCGAUUCCCGGUGCCCCCGCCGUGUACGCGUGCCUAGUGAUGACGUCAUCGCAGCCCGCCGCGCUGCGCGCGCUGCGCGUCGCGUUCGCAAACCCCGGCAGCACGGCCGGCGCCGCGGCGUGCGGCCCGGGGUUCACUGUCCAAGGAGGCGACGCCAACGCGGGCGCGGGCGCCGGCGGGCUGGCGGCGUACUUCUGCGGCACGAGCAGUGAUCAGGGGCUGAUCUCCAAGUCCCUGGACCCCACGACUUCCGGCGGCGACGCGACGCUGCUGGUGCACCCGCUGUCUGAGGGGCUGUACUCCUGCCUGACCAUUGCCGGCGGCGCCACGCUGGCGAGCAGCUGGCGCACAGGGCUGCGGGUCGAGCCGUGGCCCUGCAAGGGCGGUCCGGGGGGUGCGCCCCCGGGAGUGCAGCAGCAGUGGGUGUUUGUGAACAAGGGCGGCGGCAAGCUCCAGAUCCAGCAGGCCGCGUCCCGCCAGUGCCUGUCGAGCCUUAACGGGGAGGGCAGCCUGGUGUACGCCUAUGACUGCAAGACCGCGGCCCAGGACACCACGUCGCCGCUGCCCUGGCAGCUCUGGACCCUGGAGCCUGUCGCGCCGCGCGCCUCGGCGGCGGUGGUCAGCGGCGGGGGCGGCACCUACCGCAUCCGCGCGGCGGCCGGCGGCUGGUGCAUGCAGGUCCAGGACGAGCCCACUGAUUACUACGAUGAGGAGGGCGACGCUGACAUGGCAUGGCCGUCAUCAAUCGUCCUGGCCCAGUGCUCAACCUCGGACCCAAAACAGCAAUUCGCCUUGGAGUCUCCCGGCGCAAAACGCGUCGGCCAGUCAGCCCCCGCGCCCGCGCCUGCGCCCGCCCCCGGCAAACCGUCGAUACCGCAGCUGCCGCAGCUGCCGCCGGCACGGACGCAGGACCCUCCUGCGCAGCAGCAGCAGCCAAGCGUGCCGCCGGCGUCGGACCCGCCCAGGCGCCCCCCGAGGGAGCCGCGGCCGCCGAGGCCGGCGCCGGCGCCGCGGCAGGCGCCGGCGGGCGGGGGCGGGCAGCAGGGGCAGGAGGCGCGGCCGGUGAGCCCGUUCCGGCAGAUGCUGACUAAUGCUGUGAGGCAGGCGGUGACAACGGUGGGUGGAAACUUUGUGCGGAACCUUUUUGGCGGCCUCCUGGGGUAG